AUGGGAAAUGUUACUGUGUUUGUUCUAUUGGGGCUUUCUGAAAACCAAAACAUCGAAGUACUCUGCUUUGUAAUAUUUCUAGUUUCCUACAUGGCUAUUUGGAUGGGCAAUGUGCUUGUAAUAAUUUCUAUCACAUUCACUCAGCUUGUCAACCAACCUAUGUAUUUCUUCCUCAAUUAUUUGUCACUUUCUGAUCUGUGUUACACAUCCACAGUGACACCCAAACUCCUGACUGAUUUACUGGCAAAGAGGAAGAUCAUUUCCUAUAAUAACUGCAUGACACAACUCUUUGUUCUUCAUUUUCUUGGAGCCAUCGAGAUCUUCAUUCUCACAGCAAUGGCCUAUGAUCGCUAUGUGGCCAUCUGCAGGCCUCUGCACUACACUAUCAUUAUGAGCCGACAGAGAUGCAAUGAAAUCCUUGCAGUUUGUUGCACUGGAGGAUUUCUACACUCAGCCAGUCAGUCCCUUCUCAUUACCUUUUUGUCCUUUUGUAAUAACAAUGAGAUAGAUCACUAUUUUUGUGAUGUGUACCCUUUAUUGAAAUUGGCUUGUUCUGAAACACACAGCAUUGGUCUCUUUGUCAUUGUUGAUUCUGGCCUAAUUGCUUUGGUAACAUUUGUAAUUUUGAUGAUUUCUUACUGUCUUAUAUUACACACCAUUAGAGUUUACCCUGCAGAAAGCCGUUCCAAAGCUCUUUCCACUUGUAGUUCCCAUAUAACUGUUAUGGUCUUGUUUUUUGUGCCUGUACUCUUCAUUUAUAUCAGACCAAAUACAACAUUCCCAGAAGACAAAGUGUUUGCUCUUUUCUACACUAUCAUAGCUCCCAUGUUUAACCCUCUGAUCUACACACUGAGAAACACUGAGAUGAAGAAUGCCAUAAAGAAAAUAUGGUAUCAUCAAGUAUCUUUGUAG